CACGAUAUAGGCAGAACUCACGUGUCCAUUGAGGCUGGCCAUGGUUCGUCUCUUUCCUUCCAUUCUCCUCGUCGAGACCGAGCUACUGGUGAGCGGUGGACAGCCAACGACGGCGACGUCGCCGGCGAUGUCGUCGGGCGGUGCGCUCAGCCCCGGCGCUCUGUCGCCGUCGUCGACGGCGACGACGACCGGCGCCGCAGGGGCGGCCGCGUCCGGAGGAGCGAGCACUCCCGUGGCCGGCACCACGGGGCCAGGUUGCUGCGAGAACGGCAGACCCAUGAUGACGGACCCCGUCACUGGGCAAACGGUCUGCAGUUGUCAGUACGAUAGCGCAGCUAGGCUCGCGUUAGGUGCAUAUCCGAGGCUAGCUCCCACCGCGACUUCCUACUCAUCUUAUCCGACGCCGACACCCUCCACCACCGACCAGGGGCCCUACCCUAGCAUCGGAAUGGACAGCUCCGCAUUCUACCCCCCAUUGGGAAAUCCGUACGGAUUGAAGGACACGACGGGAAUGGGGAUGACGGCGGAUAUGGGUGCCGCAUGGGGUACAGCCGCCCUUCAACCUGCCGCCACGGGUUACUACCCCUACGAUCCAACCCUGGCCGCCUACGGAUACGGGGCGGGAUACGAUUUGGCAGCGCGGCGGAAGAACGCGACGAGGGAGUCUACGGCAACGCUGAAGGCCUGGCUGAACGAGCACAAGAAGAACCCGUACCCGACAAAGGGCGAGAAAAUAAUGCUGGCGAUCAUCACGAAAAUGACGCUGACGCAGGUGUCGACUUGGUUCGCGAACGCGCGAAGACGCCUUAAGAAGGAGAACAAGAUGACCUGGGAGCCGAAGAACAAGACCGACGACGACGAUGACGCAGUCCUAACAGAUUCGGAGGACAAUAAGGAGAAGGACGAGUUGGCGAGCGACAAUCAAGGCGACAGAGUCGGAGAGGAGGCGAGGAGAGGACUCGAGGAGAACGAGCCGAUGAGGCACGUGAAAGCGGAGCACUUGCAGCAUGACAAGGACCUCGACGAGGAGGACGACCUCGAUCUCGAGGAGGACCCGCGACGGGGGGAGCAUCCCUUUCACCACGCGAUGCAGCACCACCACCACCAUCACCAGCCGUACCCUGGCGAGGAACACCUCAAGGACGAGGGCAUCAAGUCCGAUUGUAGCGCUGCCGGCGUCCCGAUACCGGCGACUAAACCGAAAAUCUGGUCGCUGGCGGACACGGCCGCGUGCAAGACGCCCCCGCCACCCUCGCAUCCUCACCAUCAACAGUACCAUCACCUUCACCAUCAGCAGCAUUACGGACAGCAACAGCAUCACCUAUCGAACCAGGGGCAUCACCAUCAUUCCCAACAGCCUUGGCUCGGUUCAGGUGGCGGGGGCGGCGCCGGAGGCGGGGGCGGUAACCUGAGCUCGUUCGCGUUGCCCUCGUCAGCUUCUAUGAGCCCGUCAGCGGCCGCCACGGCGCCGUACUCGAGCGCUGCGACGAGAUACGGCGGCUUCCUGUCGUCUUCGUCCGGCGGCCAACUCCACUACAACCCGAAUUCCUCGUCCGGUUCGAGUUCCUCCGCGUCUUCCUCGGCGGCGGCGGGGUUUCCCGAGGUUGGUACGGACACUCCACCUCAGACACCGCCCAACAUGAAGGUGGCUACACCGAAUGGAGUGAUCCAGGCACCACCGGGCGGUUACUGCACUGGUGGCAACGGCAACGGUCAGACCAACGGUAAUCCAAAUCCGUACGGGCCGAGUCACCCGGCCGCGGCCGCCGGUUACCUGUCGACGAGUUCCGGUUCGGUCAGCAGCGGAUCUUCGUUCAGCUCCAGGCUACAGGCCUCUCCGCACAAAGACUUCUCACCGGCCGGACAGAAUUCCAUUCUACAUCAACACCAAACUACUGCCAGUCUGCCUCCCACGGAAGCUACCACCGCGUUCAAACCGUUCUACAAAGGAUCGCAAUCCAUGGGUAGCGGAUUCGUGUCACCGGUCUAAAAACAACUGUGUGGUACAACUCCGGAUCAUCAUCGCGUCAUCCGAGGAUGAAGCGAAGGUUGUAAGGGCCCGCGACCAGAUUGUAAAUAUUUGCCGUUGAGAGGUCCUGGAACUUAUUAACGCGAGGUCUCCGAUCCAUUAAAAGGAACGAAGCGCAACCAGCAAAAAGAAGACGAAGAUGUGAUGGAACGAGGCCAAGGAACGGAAAAGGCGAAAUGCAAAAGAGGAAGAACGAAAGAGCCUCUGGAACGGGGAGAAAGAAAGCGGAAAAUGGGGAUUCGUCCUUGAGAUACACAUAAAUCGUCCUCGCGAAGUGGGAAAGACGAAUGGUAGUCGGCCGUGGCACGCGCGCGCGCCCGGGCGCCAGUCACUGGCUUAAAGAAGAUUUAGGAAUUAGGGGAAUUACGUCGAAGUGCCUGCUUAUACGCACGAGUACGUAACGGAAGGAGAGGAUGGAAGCAACCCGCGAGGAGAAGACGUGCGCUGAAUCGACGGUGCUCUAGAGAAUUUCGCCGAGAAACGGUAUAUCCUCUUUUAAAAGAAUUCCGAUGCACGAAACGUCGUCAUCGUCUAAGUCCAGCUUCAAGUUACCCGGUUUUUCGCAAGUUUUCCUUGAUCAACGAAUCCCUCGUUGUCGAUCGUUCCGCGCGCGUAUUCUAACCGGGAGAUUUAUUGAUUCUGUAAAUAAACUAAAGACUCAGUCGACGAUCCAAACGAACGGUAAACGCGUCGAGGAUCAGCCGUCGUUUUGUACAUAUGUAUGUAGAUCGUUGAUGCAAGAGAUGAAUUGUUUCGAUCUACGUACCCGUAUGAGUUUAUUUUUUUUUUCUCGUUUCGCGGAGCUUGCCACUUCCAUAAGUCAAGAAUCCGCGAGAUCCAAUCGGGCAACGUGCAAAGGUAGCAACCGCUCAGUGCCGAACAGCGGUGGACAACCGAUUUACAGUCAAUCGACAAGAGAAAUUACAAGGAUUCAAGGAGGAAUCUUCUUAGUAAGAAUAUUCCCCGUGUUCCUCGAUUUUGUCCAUUGGAAAUAAACGUUCGACGAAGGACGUACAGCAUGCGGACCGCGUCGGCGUUCCUCUAUCUUUAACCGAUCAGUUUUAAGUAAUUCUCUUGUUCGCGAGCUGCACAGGUGAUCAUCGAAAUCAUCGGAAAUUUCGUCGACGCGAUACGUUUAAUCCACGUGCAGCUAUGAUUUAAAAUCGAGAACGCCUGGCGCAAUCUUCGCGCAGUUCUCGUCGACGGGCUGCGGAGGGGAAGAGACAGGUAGCACCAAUGAUAAACUAAUUAAAAAUAAAGAUUCAUCCUUCCUCGCACGAAUACCGCUUGCUGCUCUCGCGAUCCGCGAAUCGUGCUCCCAUCGGACGCGGACGCCACGAGAAUUCGACGAUGCGAAUCGAUGCCCUCAUCGAUUAGCGUCGUACUUGAUCCUCGUCACUUUUGACCGUCUCUCUGUGCAAUACGUAUUUGUACAUACAUCGUUUUAGAUCGAUAUAUUAAGUUAAUCGUGAUCGCGCACCCCACCCUGCUUGGGCCUAAAUGGGGGAUGGUUUCCUGCUUGAGUUGCAAUUACGUGCCGAAUGUACGUGUGCAACGAAGUCUAUAGUUUUUGUCUUAUUCUUGAAUUUUUUCUUUAAUAAAUGCAAAACCGUCGCUGGAUCAAUUAAAUAGAGAAUGGAAAAAGGAGAUGAAGUAAUAUAAAAAUAAAAAACGUGAGAAAAAAGGUGCGCGGUGCUCGAGAUUGUUGAUAUUUUUUUAUAUUAUAUUAUCGCAUAAGUCAUCCCUCCUUUCGAAGAGUCCGAUCAUUGGUAGUGGUCCCGGGGCGAAGAAUGAAAAGUGGAAUAAAAGACUAGGUGGUGCAAGAGCAGGAGGACUGGUAAUAAAAGAGAAACGACUAUCAUUUUGUACUUUGAUGUAUAUGGGCAAAUGUGUGUACGUGAAAAAGGAAAGAAAGAAACAGAUGCAUGAGAGGAAGAACGCAAGGUGGGGAGGGCGGGGUUCGCAAGAGGAUUAAGCAAGAAUGAGAGUGAGAACGCGAUCGAUAGGGAGAAAUUGUACAUUGUUUUGUAAAGAGUACAUUUAUUUAUAUCUGUGAUAAUGGGCAAGGUUUAGUAAAAAUCGAGGAAAACGAAAGUGGAAGCGGGAAGAGUGGUUUGGAAGGGAGAGAAAGAAGGAAGGAAACAAAAGAAGGAAUAAUUAUGAUUUCAGUAUAACUUUGACGAAGAUGAUCGGUGCUCGUGCAUUCGUUGACACGUAUAUCGACUAAUAGAGUAAUUAAUAGAGACUCGAUCAUGGUAUUUGUAAAUAAUUGUCGCAGCGUAGCCAAGAAGAUCAUGCCACGCCGAGGCGCGGGGGAGUCCGGAUAUUAUCUAAAAAGAGAACAACAAACUAAAUAAAAAAUAAAAGUAGAGACGAAGAGAGAAAAAGUUUAGCGUACCCUCGGCACAGGCAAAAAGAGCGAAAGAAAGGAAGACGGAAAGAAAGAAAGAAAGAAAGAAAGAAAGAAAGAAAGAAAGAAAGAAAGAAAGAGAACUAUCUGUUGUGAAUAUAUACGAUACAGGUAUUAGACAUA